UCUGUCUUGAGAUCAAAGAAACCUCAAUUAGAAAAGCUCAAUAAACCAAACCAAAGAACCAAAAAUUUCGAAUCGCAUAGGCAAAAUCAAACAACAGCAGAAUGAGUAGCAUAGGAACUGGUUACGAUCUUUCAGUCACCACUUUCUCCCCCGACGGUCGCGUUUUUCAGAUCGAAUACGCCGCUAAAGCCGUCGAUAACAGCGGUACUGUUGUUGGAAUCAAGUGUAAGGAUGGGAUUGUUCUGGGUGUGGAGAAGCUUAUAGCAUCUAAAAUGAUGUUGCCGGGCUCUAACCGAAGAAUCCACUCCGUUCAUCGUCAUUCUGGCAUGGCUGUGGCUGGUUUAGCAGCUGAUGGAAGACAAAUUGUUGCAAGAGCAAAGUCUGAGGCAAAUAAUUAUGAAAGUGUUUAUGGUGAAGGCAUCCCUGUGAAGGAACUUGCUGAACGUGUUGCUAGUUAUGUGCAUCUUUGUACACUCUAUUGGUGGCUUAGGCCUUUUGGUUGUGGAGUAAUUCUUGGUGGUUAUGACAGAGAUGGACCUCAAUUAUAUGUGGUCGAACCAUCUGGCAUAUCAUAUAGAUAUUUUGGUGCUGCAAUUGGAAAGGGAAAACAAGCUGCUAAAACAGAAAUUGAAAAGUUGAAGCUCUCUGAAAUGACAUGCCGAGAAGGGGUUAUUGAAGUAGCUAAAAUCAUUUACAAGGUGCAUGAUGAAGCAAAGGACAAGGCUUUUGAACUGGAAAUGAGUUGGGUUUGCGACGAAUCAAAGAAACUGCAUCAGAAGGUUCCUGAGGAUCUGUUGGAGCAAGCAAAGUCUGCAGCACGGAUUGCACUUGAAGAAAUGGAUGCUGAUUAAAGCUUUUUAUAGAGGUGGAAAACCCAUAGGAGAUGGUUGCUGUGUCAUACUGCUAGUCUACAGAAUUUCUGCUGCCAAAAAUAUGAGUGGAUCAGAUUCGCGUCUGACGAAUUUCAUCUGCAAUCAAAAAUGCCCUUCAAUUCUUUUCCGCACUUUCUGUUGUAUGGUUAAAGUUAUGCACCUUUUUUUUCUGAAGCAUUUGAGGGCAAAAUCAAUGAAUUUAUUUUCUGUAGAACUCUUGUUUUUGUUUCUGGAAUUGCUUGAAAAUAUGAUUUCUAUUAGAGAAGGUAUAGUGGGAGUAUUUUGUUAGCA